UUGACAUGUUUACUGCACAUGUUCUUUGGACGUACUGGUAACUUUUAUCGGUUGUUGACUUUUGGGCCAACAAAUAACGAUCAAUUUUAGUAUUAGAUUUGUGUUUAAGACAGCUUACUCAGAUUGUGUUCAUUUCUGAACUCUUUCCAUGGCCAUACAGAGUAAACAAGACGUCCACACAAGCAUGUAAUUAGCAUCUUCACUAAAUCAUUGUCAUUACUAAAUCUCACUUUCAAGCAUGAUUUUUAAUAUUGGUGAAAAUCCGACCAUGGAUGUUCUCCGCAUGAUUUUGCAUUACUCGCUGCAACAAAAUAAAGCUGAUCAAGUAUCAUUGCAAACAAUAUUACCAACAGCAGAGCAGCCAAUAACAAGAAGUCCAUCUCCUCAUAAAGAAAAUGACGGAAACCGAAGACUGCACGUUACUAACUUGCCAUUUAAGAUAAAAGAUGUUGAGCUAAAACAGUACUUUGAAGGAUUCGGUCCUGUUCAAGAUGCAGAAAUUAUUUAUAAUGAGCGUGGAUCAAAGGGUUUUGGAUUUGUUACCAUGGUUACAGAAGCAGAUGCAAUAAAAGCUAAAGAAGCAUUAAACGGAAAAGAAAUCGAUGGAAGAAAAAUUGAAAUAAAUUAUGCAACGCCAAAAACCUCCUCUAAAGUUCGAUCAAAAGGAGGUCGAAGUCCGUCUGCACAAUCAAACCAAGCUAACCGCAUUAUCAGAACAGCUCCAGUCUACCCAAAUUGUCAACAACAUAUAAAACAGACAGUACCUGUGAUUCAACCUUACCAGAUGGCACCACCACCUAUUCCUUCCCUGGCAACUUUAAGUGCUUCACUGCAUAACCCAUUGCUACAAUACCAACAUGUGCCAACACCUGAGCAGUAUGCGCAGUACUACCAUUACCUUACUACACAAGGUGCCGUACACAACCCAUACCAGACAGCAAACAACGCCGCAUACAGAUACCAGCCGUAUUAAGAAUGCGAUGCGAUUCUUUCCAUAGUGCCCAAAUAUGUAGUUAUUAAA